AUGCCGGCCAACUCCGUGCCAGAGCUCCAACAGAAGCUCUUUCGACGUAUGGGAAUUGAUGCUCCUACGCCAGGUUCCGGCCAUCAAGGGCAUUCCGGCAAAAGGACCACCAAGCCCGUGUCGCGCAAGGACGAGCGCAAGGCGCAGCGCGCGCAGAAGAAAUCGCAACGAUACUCUCGGCAAGAUACGUCGACCAGCAUCAACCGGCCCGUGGCGCAUCGCGCUGCAGAAGUGACACGCCCCACGCAUGUCGUACGGUCAAAACGGGGACAACCGCUGCCCCUGGGCAGCGAUGAGGAAGAUGACGACAAUGAACCCCUCCGAGACGAAGACGGCUCUGAAGGGGAGGUGGAAGACGAUGACAGCGAUGAUGAAACCAGCGCGGGAUAUACAGACGCCUCGCCGGAACCCCCGACAGGCACAGCUACAGGAGCAAGUCUGAAUGCCGCCGUUCGGGAAAAGCUUUCACAGGAUGAUGCCGAAAUCGAAGACUUUGAGAGAAAACUCGGCAUUAAAAAGGGCCGGAAGUCCCUCCCGAAAUCAUUCGCGGAUGAUGGGCUGGACGAUCUCCUUGGCGAUCUCACGGCAAAUGCAUCAGAAAGCGAGGACGAGGGUCGGAAACGAAAGAGAGACUACGAAGACUGGCUGACCUCAAAGAGGAGGAAAGCUACCACUCAACCCGCAGCGGGCAUGGGGAGUGAUUCAGAGCAGUCGUCAGAGCAGUCGUCAGACGAUGAUCAGACCCCCGAGGGGACCGACGACGACGACGACGACUUCGGAAACCGCGUGGAUUCCUCCAAGGCAGAAUCGCGGCAUCGCAAACUGGACGCUUCCGACGAGUCGUUCGAGGGGUUUGGAUCCGAAGCCGACGACGCAUCUGAGCCCAUGGCACGGAAAAGAGAAAAUCCUUACGUUGCCCCGACGACAGGCGUGGUGGUCGCCAAGUACGUGCCUCCGUCCAUGAGGAACGCAUCCGCGUCAGGAGACGAAGCCAAGGGUCGAUUGCGAAAACAAAUUCAGGGGCAAAUCAACAGGCUCACAGACAGCAACAUUUUAUCCAUCGUCGAUGCGAUCGAAGGUUUCUAUCAGCGAAACGCGCGUGGCGAUGUAACCGAGGUUCUGACAGAUGCGAUGAUGGCGCAGAUUUGCAAACCUGAAGCUCUUCCGGACCAGUUCCUCGUACUAAUAGGCGGACUCUGCGCCGCCAUGUACAAGAUCGUUGGAUCCAGCUUUGGCUCGCAUCUCAUUCGCCGCAUCGUCAACGACUUUGGGAGCGAGUUUGAGAGAGCCGACAGGGAAAACAGCGAAGAGUCGAGCAUACGGAAAGAGGCUUCCAAUAUCAUGACAUUCCUCACCCAGCUUUAUGUUUUCGAAGUGGUCAGCUGCAAGAUCUUGUUCGACUACAUGGAGAGGUUCCUCGAGGAUCUGUCCGAGAUGAACGUUGAGUUGCUACUCAGGGUUUGCCGCAUGGCCGGUAAGCUGCUGCGUCGAGAUGACUCGCAAGCCUUGAAGCACGUCUCCAGUGCUCUUGGCAAGGCCGUCUCCAAGAUUGGCUAUGCCAACGUGUCGGCUAGGACCAAGUUCAUGAUUGAAACGAUCAGCGAUCUCAAGAACAGCAAGUCCAAGGCCAAAGGAAUAGACUCUGGCAUCGUUUCCGAGCAUGUGCUGCGCAUACGAAAACGGUUGGGCGAGCUCAAGUCGCGGUCGCGCCGUCUUGAAGGCCUGGCUCCCAUGGGCAUGAGCUUGAAAGACGUCGAGGGAUCUGACACUCAAGGCAAAUGGUGGCUUGUUGGCGCCAGCGUGCCUACUUACGUUGGAGCUGCUGAAAGAGCUGGGAACGUCGCGCGGGGCCGUAGAGGUAGUGACGGCAACGUGUCUGAAGACGAUGAGGACAUGGAUUUCGUUUUGCCCGAUUACCCAAGAAAGGCACGCGCGCAAGGCUUCAGCACGAUGGCUCAAAUAUCCAUCUUCACAGCACUUCUGUCGGCAAACAGCCACGAGCACGGAUACCAACAGUUUGUCAACCUCAAAUUGAAGAAAGACGAGCAGCUUGAGAUUGCGCGAGUUCUCGUGCAGUGCGUUGGCAGCGAGGCACAAUACAACGAUUAUUAUGCCUUGGUGGGAGGACUAGCAUGUCAGAACAGCAGGGUCCGAUUUGCACUCCAGGACCGACUGUGGAAGAUCUUCCGCGGCCUCGGAGAAUCCCUUUUUGGCGAGGAUGGCGACGAAGAAGAGACCGCAGACGGCGAGAGGAUGAAGGAUGAGCGGCGAUCGGCCAACGUCGCCCGGUUCUACGCAUCGCUAGUGGCCGAUGGGGCGCUCAGCAUCGCCGUCCUCAAGCCCCUCGAGCUUCCCGAGGUGAACCGCUGGACCGGCGCAUUCGUGGAGAGAUUCCUGGUCACUCUGCUGCGGCACUGCAAGGGCAAAGACAGCAAGGAGGAUGCCAACGUGCUUCGGGUGUUUGGCCCGGCGCGAGAGACCCCAACAUUGGCCGCGGGCAUACAUUGGUUCCUGAGGAAGCGAGUGCGACAAUCCAAGCUGAUUGGUACCAAAGAUGGCAAGAAGCUGGAACGCGUAAGGCAAAGGGCGCAGGCCGUGGUGCAGGCCGUGGGCAUUGAGGACUAG